AUGGCUGGCACUUCGGACGACAUCGCCCCCAAGGCGGAGGGCAUCCUCUCGCACAUGAACAACGAUCACAAGGACUCGCUCGCCUACCUCGCGACGCACUAUGGCGACCUCGCUCAGCCUCUCAAGCCCAACCAAGUCGUCAUGACCGCCAUCGACAAGAAGCACCUCGAGAUCGCCUACACGACCAAAAAGGGGGCUGAGCCUGGCAAGGGCAAGCCGGGCUCUCGCACCGUCCAUGUCCCCUUCCGCCCUUACCUCGCUGGCUACUCGGAGGUGCGCACCCGUCUUGUUGACAUGUCGGCUGUCUCUGAGAAAGUCAUCACCACUCGCAAGCCCGACAUCAUCUACCGCGCACCCAAGUUCUUGAUCAACCUUCAAUUCGUGCUGAUCAUCGCGUACUUUGCGCUGCGCUCGGACACGCUCGCUUCGCACGGCAUCACCCAAUCCAUCGUACCCUCGGACAGGCUGGCCCACUGGAACGAUCUGCGCAACGUCCGACUCGGCGGCCCCGCCAAGAUGGACAAGUUCAUGAAGAGCAUCGCUCGGGCUCACGUGGUGGAGGGUGCGCUCAUGGCCGCACUCUGCUGGUGGAAGGGCGCGACCAAGCUCGUCGCCGCAAGGUGGAUCGCGACUACCACCUUUUUGGGUAUCCCCUCUUGGAUCGCCUUUUUCGCCCUCAACUCGCACAAGAAGGCGCUCAGGAGGGCCAUUCACAUUGAUGCGGAUAAGAAGCGCAAGUAG